UUGUCGAAGACACCGCGACGUGACAAUGUGCUUUGUAAAAUAUUUUUUUUUAUUUUACUGCUUACUGGCUUUAGAAGUAUAUGCUCUAAAUUGCCGUACAGAAGGAGGCCCAAGAGAUUCAGAUUUAAAAAAUAUUUACCAAAAAUGUUUAAAAAUGCAAAACAAGAACACCACCAGCAGAAAUAACGAUCAAGAAUGGAAAGAUUCACGUAAUUACCAAAAAGAUCGCGACAGGGAUCGAAAUGAUGAUAAUAGGAGAAAUAACAGAAAUGAUUGGAGCGGUACUGACGGCAGGACAGGAACUGCAGACAGUUGGAUAAGCAACAGCAAUAAUAGGAACAACAAUAAUGAUCGAAAUCGCAAUGAUGGAUCCAAUAGCCGUAAUGAUGGAAUGCGAAGCAGGUACGAUGGAAUGGUUAAUGACGAUAGAAUGAGUAGCAGAAGUGAUAAUUAUGGAAAUCAUGACGACCAUGGAAGGAACGACCAUUUGAAUGGGCGAAAUGAUUUCCAAACCGGUGAGUUUGAUGAUAUGUACCAGUAUAACGGUUAUCGCUCUUCAUCACAAAGCCCUCGAAGAUAUAAACGUGAAAGACGUGUAGAUAAUACUGGUCAAAGAAGUCAAUACAAUCCUAAUACACAGAGGAAUUCUGGAUACGAAGACACGUAUAGAAACGAGGAGAAAAACUCAAGCGAAAACAAUACAAACACAGACAACAAAGCAUGCGCUUUACAAUGUUUUCUAGAAAACUUGCAAAUGACAGCGCAAGAUGGUAUGCCGGACAAAUAUUUGGUCACUCAUGCAAUAACAAAAAAUGUUAAAAACGAUGAUCUACAAGAUUUCCUUCAAGAGUCUAUUGAUGAAUGUUUCCAGAUUUUGGAAAAUGAGGACAGCGACGACAAAUGCGAAUUCUCUAAAAAUCUAUUACUGUGCUUAUCAGAGAAGGGAAAAGCAAAUUGUGACGACUGGAAGGACGAUAUGCAUUUUUAAGGCUUCAUAAGUGUUGUGCGUUCCAUCAUCAUCAUCAACCGCAGGAUGUCCACUACUAAACAAAGGCCCCCCUCAAAGAUUUCCAGAUCGACCUAUUGGAAGCGGCCCGCAUCCAGCGACCUCUUGCGUCUUUCAUUCAGCUAGCUGUCCACCUCGUGUGUGGACGCUGCGCUUGCUUAGUGUGUUUACUUUGUAAUAAUAUUUUGUAUCAAUAAAGUUGCACUGCUUCACA